AAAUGAAAUAAUAAAUAUAGAACAAAGCUGAACUUACUUGAAACAGGAAGAGGAAUUGAAGUAAUCCUAGAGGGAACUAGCUAGCUUGAACAUUUCACACCAUGAGUUCUAUCUAGUCUGUGAAUGUUUGGGAACUACAGCCACAAAAAUAGAUUUGCAGCUAACUAGCUAGCUAGCCAAGCAAUUAAGGUUGGAUAGGUUUCAGUGAUUUACACACACACCUCAACAUCCAAAGGCAAUAGAAGGAAAUCCAGCCAACUGGGCCAUCUGCAACAAAGCUAAAGAUCAAAAAAUAUGAAGGAAGAAGAGGUAGCAUCGACAUGGGUAGAUGUCAUAAGGUCUCCAGUACUCUCACCUCCCAUGGCUCCAAACUACAAUCCACAUGCAGUAAUGGAUGAGUUUGUGUCUUCUCAGGACAGGAAUUAUGCCCUUCAUGGCAAGGUGGUGAUGCUUGUUCUCAUCAUCACCUUCUUUGCCUUCCUCCUCCUCUUCGCCUUUGUUCCUCAUCUCCGGCGCAUCACCGGUCGUAAAUCUGCAAGCUGCAUGGACUCUGUCCCCCAGGAGAACUGCUGUUUGCCAAUGCUGAGGAAAAGGGAAAAUGAUCCUCCAGAGCAGUCCAAAGAUGUUGAGUUUAGUAGAAUUCUCUAUUUGUAAGGAGAAUUCUCGAGUUUAAGUAAAUUCUCAAUUGUAGGCAUCAUCUUCUUACAAUUAUUCAUUCUGGGAAUUCUGGAUUCACCAGAUUUAUAGUUCCUGCUUUAAACUCUAAUGCUUGCAAAUUUCCUACUUCUGUUUUCAUAGUAUAUUCAAUUGAGAACUUGAUGAUGACUGAUAAA